AUAAUUUACCAAGACUUGACAUUGUCCAGAAUAAUUUACCAAGACUUGACAUUGUCCAGAAUAAUUUACCAAGACUUGACACUGUCCAGAAUAAUUUACCAAGACUUGACAUUGUCCAGAAUAAUUUACCAUGACUUGACACUGUCCAGAAUAAUUUACCAAGACUUGACACUGUCCAGAAUAAUUUACCAAGACUUGACAUUGUCCAGAAUAAUUUACCAUGACUUGACACUGUCCAGAAUAAUUUACCAAGACUUGACACUGACCAGAAUAAUUUACCAAGACUUGACA